AUGCUUUAGUUGGUAUUCCACACUCGACCUAGAAGUUAAACCAACUUUAGCUGGGCAUCGAUCAAAUUCAAUUGACCAUUGAAUUUUGAUACGAUCGGUCGCGUUCCCCGCCAAGGAUUACGCACGCAAAAAAAGGAUUACCUAACGAAAAUCGGGAUUAAUUUCAGCAACAAAAAAAACUCCUUACUCCUCCUCCACGAGUCUCGACAGCUGCCGUUCUGUAGCAGUCAGAAAAAGUGUACAACAUGAGAAGUGCACUGUACGUCUUGGCGCUUUGCGCUGUGGCGGUGGCCACCGCAACGGCCGAUACGCAUGUGCGUAAGGUACGUGACGCCGAUGGGUACUUCUACCCCACGCCGAAGGUGCCGUUCGAUCUGCCCCCACGCACCACUGAGGCGCCCUACACCCGUCCGCCCACGACGAGGCCUCCGGUAACCCGUCCACCCACGACGAGGCCCCCGGUGACACGCGUGCCAGCCACGUACUUGCCUCCUACCAACAAGCCAGCACCACCGGCCACCACUCGUGUGCCUCCACCACCACCACCGCCGAGGACACCUCCUCCAACGAGGCCAGCGACUCGUCCUCCAACACCGCCACCAACCAGGCCACCAACUCGUCCUCCAACUCCGCCACCAACCAGGCCAGCGACUCGUCCACCAGCAACCUAUUUGCCACCCACAAACAAGCCUGCACCACCGGCAACAACCCGUGUGCCACCACCACCACCACCACCAAGGACACCACCACCAACCAGGCCAGCGACUCGUCCUCCAACGCCGCCUCCAACUGCACCACCAGCAACCACUCCACUCCAGCACCAACUUACUUGCCUCCUACCAACAAGCCUGCACCACCAGCAACGACCCGAGUGCCACCCCCACCACCACCACCAAGGACCCCACCUCCGACGAGGCCAGCAACUCGUCCACCAACCCCUCCACCAACCAGGCCACCAACUCGUCCUCCACCAACCUACCUGCCACCCACAAACAAGCCUGCACCACCGGCAACCACACGUGUGCCACCACCACCACCACCACCAAGGACCCCACCUCCGACGAGGCCACCAACUCGUCCACCAACCCCUCCACCAACCAGGCCACCAACUCGUCCUCCACCAACCUACCUACCACCCACUAACAAGCCUGCACCACCAGCAACCACUCGCCGUACUCCACCUCCAACUGUGCGUACGCCACCCCCAACUGUGCGUACGCCACCCCCAACAGUGCGUACUCCACCACCGACCAGGGCCACUCUCCCACCUACCAGACGUCCAGCCAGCACUCCAGCACCAACCUAUUUGCCACCCACUAACAAGCCUGCACCACCAGCAACCACACGUCCUCCAUACGCACAACUCAGCCUCCUACCAGGCCACCAACUCGCCCACCAACCCCACCACCAACACGGCCUCCUACUCGUCCACCAACCACUUACCUGCCACCUGUAACCACCCGCGUGACUCGUCCACCCACGCCACCACCAACACGUCCCCCAACUAGGCCACCAACACGCGCUACCACACCUGCACCAACCUACUUGCCACCCACUAACAAGCCAGCACCGCCAGCAACCACACGGCCACCAGUA